AAUAAAUUCAACCCAACCGGAAUCGUACUCUGUUUUUAUUCUCUCCGUUUUUUUUCUUGAUCUUAGCUACCUUAUUAAAUUAAAAGAAAUUUUUUUUUCAGAGACACGUCUCCCCCCUCACUUUUCUUCCCAUGAACUUAAUUUGUGUCUUUCCUCAUCAGACUCACCUCUAAAUCCUUUUUGGCUUGAUCUAGACCAAUCAGCUAGUCCCCACCGCCACAACCUGAUCUUCCUCAUACCCAUCUCUGUUUCUCCCCAUGUUGUCCAAAAAACAACUUAAUGGGUCUCCAUGGACAGGAGAAAACAGGUACCACAAACACAAAGAACCCCACUUCAAAUUCUUCACUCCCCAAUUCAAAUACAUCCUCUUGUUUUCUCUCUUUCUCUUGACAUGGUUUCUCAUUCUAUUCCAAUUUUGGCCCCCUCGGCCAAAAACUCCAACAGAACCCGCAGCCACAGAGGCAGCGGCUGCUGUAAUUAUAAAGAAACUAAUUCCAUCGAGUUGUGAUGGUGGCGCGUCGGUUUAUGUGUACAAUUUACCUACAGAGUUCAACCUUGGCCUCCUCCGCAACUGCAGCCACUUAAGUAUCUACACCAGCAUGUGUCCCCAUGUGGCAAACAACGGUCUAGGCCAACCGCUCGCCGCCGUGGACCUACCGGGAUCUGACGGCGACCGUAAUGCCUGGUUCGCCACACACCAGUUCAUAGCUGAGAUGAUUUUCCAUGCGCGGGUGGAGAAUCACCCGUGCCGCACGCUAGAUCCUUCAAAGGCUGAUAUCUUCUACGUCCCGUUCUACGGUGGUCUCCAUGCGUCUAGUAUGUUUCGGGAGUUUAAUCGUACGGUGAGAGAUGAGUUAGCCGUCAGAUUAGUUGACUAUUUAGAGAAGCAGCCGACGUGGAGGAAAAAUAAUGGUGAGGACCAUUUUAUUGUGCUGGGGAGGACCGCAUGGGAUUUUAUGAGAUCCGACAGUGGGCCCGACUUUGGGGCGAAUUGUCUGCUGAAUUUGCCAGCUGUCAAGAAAAUGUCGGUGAUGACCGUGGAAAGAAAUCCGUGGAAUGGAGCAAAUCUACACGGCAUUCCCUACGCCUCCUACUUCCACCCCUCGACGGCAGCUCAGAUGCUGGCGUGGCAGCGGACGGUGCGGGAGUCAACGCGACCCUACUUGUUUUCCUUCAUCGGAGCACCGCGUAAGGGGGUCGAGAAAGCCGCCAUCCGGGACGAAUUAAUCAAGCAAUGCGCCGAGUCAACUCGGUGUAGACUCGUCCACUGUGACCACGGAAAUACCAAGUGUUAUGACCCGGCCGAGAUUCUUCGAAUCAUGAAGAUGUCUCAGUUCUGCUUGCAGGCUCCCGGCGACUCCUUCACGAGGCGGUCAACGUUUGAUUCGAUCUUGACCGGGUGCAUUCCGGUGUUCUUUUCGCCACACAUGGCGUACACGCAGUACGGAUGGUUUCUACCCGAGGAGAAGGAAGAAUACUCGGUUUACAUGGAUGAGAAGGAGGUGACCGGAGGGAAAAGGAUCAUAGAGGAGGAGCUGAUGAGGAUACCGGCGGAGAAAGUAGAGAGGAUGAGGAGUACGGUGAUCAAUAUGAUUCCGAGAGUGACAUACUCGCAUCCGAAUGCGAGCAGCGGGGAGUUAGGGUUUAAGGAUGCCGUCGAUGUUGCUCUGGAUGCAUUAGCAAAGCAUGUAAGGGGUAAGAUACAGAAGGAAGGAUAAGAGUCGGACCAAAUUAUUUUGUUCAUAUGGUUUUAAUAAGAUAUAUUGUGGUGACUUAGAGGGUUCAAAUUAUUCGAAUUGCAGCUAUAAUUAAGCAAUUAAUUAUAUUUUUUGGAUUCAUUUUUUUUUUGUACUGAUUUUAUUAAUAAUAAUAUGCUUGAAAG